AUGAAGGCUUAUGUUACACUUUUAACAAGCGACUCUUAUGUUCCAGGGGCUCUUGCUUUGGGACAGGCAUUGAAAGACUUGCAAACUGAAUAUGAGACUGUGAUUUUGGUUGAUGUGAAACUGGUAUCGCCACAAUCCCUUGAACAUAUAGAAUCAAUUUUUGAUACGGUAAUUGAUAUCAAUGACCGCAAAAUUUUGGCUCCAAUGGAGGAAGUGGUUGAGAAGCUUGGUCGGCCAGAACUCAGUACAGCCAUGUCGAAGCUUUUGAUUUGGGCGUUGGAAGAUUAUGAAACUUUGAUAUACUUGGACUGUGACACAUUGCCAUUGCGGUCCCUUGAUGCUUUGUUUGAGAGAUAUGCCGAUCUUGGGCACAACCAGGUAGUUGCUGCCCCUGACAUAGGAUGGCCAGAUAUUUUCAACUCCGGUGUAAUGAUUUUGAGACCCAGCUUACCUGUUUUUGAAAAGUUAGUGGGUUUCUCUUCUCAGAAAAACUCUUCGUUUGAUGGUGCGGACCAGGGUUUGCUCAAUGAGUUUUUCCACCUUCAAGGAAAUGACUUUUCGUGGAAACGCUUACCUUUUAUUUUUAACGUCACUCCAUCUACGAGCUAUCAAUACAACCCGGCCUUGGCUCGCUUUUGGGACGACAUUCACGUGUUCCAUUUUAUUGGCCAACAAAAACCAUGGUUCGCAAAAUCAGGCGAGAGAAACAGGAUCGAAAAGUUGUGGUGGGAGAAGUUCAACUCUCUAAAACUUGACGAGAAGCAAUAUAUUCAUAUUUUAUCAAACAAGAAGCAACCACCAGAGACUAAAACUGGCAAAGGAAACUGGAACCCAAGCACAAAUCUCCCAUCUUUAGACCAUUUGUCACUAGAAUCAAAUCUGAAAGUCUUUCCUUGGAACCACUCGGAAACAGUCGAGCCCACCCGUGUUUUCCAUGAUACGGGAUUUACAGAUGAAGAGCAGCAUCAGAAGUCAACGCCAUUUACGCUUGAAAAGAGAUCAAGAUAUCAGUCUUCUGGCGAAUCAUUGGGGGCUUCUUAUGGGCAGUUUGAUGAUAGCGAAAGGUUCGAUCCGUCAAAGGCUUUGGAUGAAAUCGCCAAGAUUCCUCUAAAAUUUCUUUCCAAGCAUUGA